GUGAAAUUGGCACUGGGUGUCGCUAAAGUCUUAUCUGUUUGUCUACCGGGAAACCCACGCUUACACAUCAUCCACUACGACCGUCGGACGUGAGUAGCCGACUGUAGAUGUCGUGACGCAGUCUGUCUGUCCGCCUCCACCGAGACACAGCUGCUCUGACGAGCGGAAGAGCCUGUGCCAACAAGUCCGCUUCCCACCGAGAAACAGACCCUUUAUUCGGUCUGGUUAACAGCCUUUUUGUCGGCGACCAUGAGGUGGUGACCCGGGGUCGGCCAGGCCCUGAGAUGUUUGCAGCGUGGCACAAAGAGAAAAGGCAGCAGAGUGAUUGAGAAAGAAGAAUGGGCCGGAGAGCAUGGGGCUGCUGGCAAAGCGGUGUCUCUACUGCAGUGCUCUACGGCUCUUUGGCCUUGUUCACCUCCAUCCUGCACAAUGUGUUCCUGCUUUACUACGUGGAGACUUUCGUGUCCAUCUACAAGAUCGAUAAAGUCUCCUUCUGGGUGGGAGAGACGGUGUUCCUCAUAUGGAACAGUCUGAAUGACCCUCUCUUCGGCUGGCUGAGUGAUCGUGCCUUCCUCAACUCUCCUCAGUCCGGCUCUCAGAUAUCAAAUCCAGAGGUGGUGCUGAAGCGCGUGAAGGCCCUCUCCACCAAUGGCCCGCUCUUCGCUCUGUCCUUCCUGGCCUUCUGGGUGGCGUGGGCCCGACCCGGCCUGCAGUUCCUGCUGUGCCUGUGUCUGUACGACGGCUUCCUCUCCAUGGUGGACCUCCACCACAGCGCCCUGCUGGCCGACCUCGCCGUGUCCAACAGCGACCGUACGCGCCUCAACUUCCACUGCUCCGUGUUCAGCGCCCUCGGCUCAUUCUCCGUUUUUCUGUCCUACUCCUUCUGGGACAAAGAGGAUUUCUACUCCUUCCGUCUCUUCUGCGUGGCUCUCGCAGCUUUUUCCAUUCUGGGAUUUUUCUUUGUGUCUCGAUUACUGCAGCAUCGUUUCCAAAAGGAAGUCCGUCUAAGACAGGACGAAGCCCUGGCACUUAAAGAGCUGAAUGUUGGCAACGCUCCACUUACCAACCCAGAAAAACCCGUCACCAUUGGACAGUACCUCAAGCAGCUCUCCAAGCACAAGAACUUCAUGUGGUUUGUUUCUAUGAACCUUGUUCAGGUGUUUCACUGCCACUUCAACAGCAACUUCUUUCCUCUUUUCUUGGAGCACCUCCUGUCUGACAAUAUUUCUGCCUCCACAGGUUCUAUCUUACUUGGCAUCUCUUACAUUGCCCCCCACCUGAACAACUUGUAUUUCCUGACACUGUGCCAGCGCUACGGUGUUUACCAGGUUAUCCGCUGGCUAUUUAUGCUCAAACUGGGACUUAGUGUGGCUAUGCUGCUGGCUGGGGCUGACCACAUUUAUCUGCUGUGCAUCUUCAUUGCUAGUAACCGGGUGUUUACAGAAGGAACAUGCAAGCUGCUGAAACUGGUUAUCUCCGAUCUGGUGGACGAGGACUUUGUGGUGAAUAAACGUCAGCAGGCCACCUCUGCUCUCCUCUUCGGGAUGGUCGCCCUUUUGACCAAACCUGGCCAGACGUUUGCCCCUCUCAUCGGCACCUGGCUGCUGUGUGUUUACACAGGUUAUGAUAUUUUUGAUCGGCACCCCGUGAAGGACUCUCUGGUCUCUGUGGCUGACGUUGCCUCCGGCUCAGGGACUCCGCCCGUGCGCCUGGGCUGCUUCUACAUGUUGGUGUUCGUGCCUAUCACCUGUGCCCUGCUCCAGCUGGCAGCCUGGUCUCGCUUCACCCUCCACGGCCGCAAGCUGCAGGGGAUCAAGACCCUGAGGCAAGGGAACCAACAAGGCAACCUUAUCGAUGUCAAGGCCAUAUGAACUGAAGAGAGCUGCGUGUAGCUGCACACAGACACUUUUAAAAUGGUCAGUUUUAUAAUCCCUCUGAGCAGCCCAGCCUUGUGUGAGAGAAUAUGAACCACUACACAAUAUGUGGAAUGUGAAGAAAAUGCACAAUAGACUGACAAAUCCCACUGGGAACAUGAAAUAAACCUGCCUUAUUUUUUACAUUACAAUAAUGACCUAUAUUUAUAUUUGAACAGAUGACCAAAACAUAAAGUAGAACCAAUCAAUCCUUUUGGAUGUCGAAGAACCAAGGUGACUACGUUUCGUGGUAUGCGCCAAAGAUAGGGUGCCCUCUCUCAAACUGUUUUUAAAUCAUUAUUUUGGACUAGGGUAAAAGUUGAAUUCCAUUACUGCUAGCUAAUUUGUCAGUAAUAUCAGCUUAAUUCAAAGCAGGAGGAGGGUGGGUUUACCACAGAGCUACAGUUCUGAUUUCUAAUGUUAUAACAAGAUGAAUAACAUGAAAUAAAGUUGCAUUAAUGUUUUUAAAGUGCUAUAGAAACUGCAUGGAAAUCACUUCAGAGCUGAUUUAUGUGUUACUGGUUCUUUACAUUUCCUCAGAAUAGCCUGCCAGAAUGACGUGGAGAACUGAAUUUUCGGAUACAUACAGUAUUGAUGAUUUUUUGCACAAAACUGCCAUUUGUCUGUUGUACUUCUAACAUUCUGAUUGUGAUAUAUUUUAUCUGUGUCAUUUGGAAAUUAUGCUGGUAACAGUGUUCACUUUUCUAAUUUUUCUGAUUAUACGAAGAAUGUGACAUUACCACAAAUAAACCUCAUCUAUGUUAAAAAGUCAACUAAA